GCUCCCGAGGAUCCCGCGGGAGGGAUCCCCUCCGAGUGGUGCGCGCUGGUGACGUUUCCGCGCGCGUUCAGCGCUCCGGUACCGAGGAUUUUCAGUGAUCAGUUAUGGCCGUGACGAGGACGACCUCGGUAUUCCGAUCGGACGCCGGCGACGGGGGUUCACGGAGGUGCCAUCCGUCGCGGAUGGGGGUGCGUGUCGCUGUUCGUCAGCUGAGGGCUUCGUCGGCUGUCGAAGGGCUUUCGGUCACGACGAAACGCGCUGGUCCCGGCAAGUUUCUCCUGAUCGGCGCGCUCCUCGCUAUUCAGUUCGUCGGCGCGGCGGCGGUACCCAGCAAGGGUGGCGAGAUCAAAGUGGAGUUUAAGGUGCCGAAGGAAGCCGUGGUGGGUUCCUCUGUCGAGCUGAUGUGUGAGUGGCGACUGCUGGGAGGCAACGUGCUCUACUCGGUUAAAUGGUACAAGGACGAGCACGAGUUCUUCCGAUACGUGCCGGACAGCAACCCGAGGAUAUUGAUGUUUACCCAACCCGGCGUAAACGUCGAGAAGAAAUCGAACGAGAAUUCGAUAAAGCUGAGGAACCUCGUCCUGGCAAGUUCGGGUCAGUACAAGUGCGAGGUUUCCACCGAGGGGCCGUUUUUCGCCACCACCUACCAGACAGCCAAUCUGACGGUGAUUUCGCUUCCGGAGAGGGGACCGGAAAUCACGGGCCUGUCCUCGCACUACGCCGUCGGCGAGAACGUGACUGCCAACUGCACCGCCUGGCCGUCCGUGCCUAAGGCCAAUCUUCGUUGGACCAUCAACGGCGAACCGGUACCGCGCGAGAACACUGUCCAGCACCCGCCGUUGGCGCCCUUCAGCACCAAUGGCAUCCCGACCAGCCUCGGGCUGCGAUUAGAGGCCGAGCCGCGGCACUUCGAGGGCGGCGGCGGCCUGGUGAAGAUCAAGUGCACCGCCGAGGUGGGCUCGCGAAUGUACGAGGCUGAGCGCAGGGUGCUGAUGGCGUACGUGAACAACCAGAGGCUCAGCGCCGGCGAUCACCUGCACGCGGCCGCGCGCAGCGUCCGCGCCGGCCUGCUCGUCCCGUUCACGGUCUUCGCGCUCGUUCUCCUCACGACGUGA